GGUGAUAUUUUAGCAAAUUGUCCAAAUGAAAAAGAGAUCUUUUAACAGAAAAUCAAAAAGUUUCCAUUUAUGGUCAAUCGUACUACUCCCUCAGUUCCAAGCAAGGGGUGGCCUCUCAAUUUCCCACUCCCACAAACUUUCCCAUCACUCUGCAAAUUUUCUCAUCUCCCAAACACCAAAUGAUCUCCUCAUCCCAAUAUCUCUUCCCCCAAAUCCCUCCUUAUCCCCAUCCACAAACCCUAAUUUUCCUCUCUUUUUCAGUUUCCUAGGUCGUCCUUAUCUCUCCCCAAUACUCCUUUAAACCCAAAAAAAACCAAUUUUAAAAAAAAAAAAAUGCUCAAAAUCAUAAAACGCGGCCACCGCAAAUCCCCAAAACCCGAACCCACCGAUCUCGAGUUCGAACCCGAGUCACAACCCAUCACACUAUCCCUCUCCAUGGAACCCCUUCCUCUUCUCCGAGACGUCGCUGUUUUGGACCGCCCGGCCCUUUUCCUCAAAAAGCUCCAACUCUGCUCCUUCUACUGCGACUUCUCCAACUCUCUCAAAUGGGUUCUCGAGAAAGAGCUCAAGCGCCAAACCCUCAUGGAGCUCGUGGACUUCAUCGACUCCAGUUCGUGCAAGCUCACCGGUCCAAUGCAAGAGGAGCUCAUUCGCAUGGUGUCACUCAACAUCUUCCGAUGCUUGCCUCCGGCCUCGGACUUGCUCGAACCCGACGAGGACGAGCCCUAUCAGGAGCCCUCAUGGCCUCACCUGCAAAUCGUCUAUGAACUCUUGUUAAGGUACAUUGCCUCACCAGAAACCGAUGCUAAAGUCGCUAAACGUUACAUUGAUCACAUCUUUGUGUUGAGGUUAAUGGAGUUGUUUGAUUCUGAGGACCCUCGGGAACGCGAGUAUUUGAAAACCCUUUUGCAUAGAAUUUAUGGGAAGUUUAUGGUUCACAGACCCUUUAUCAGGAAGGCCAUGAAUAAUGUGUUUUAUAGGUUUAUAUUUGAGACACAGAGGCAUUGUGGGAUUGGAGAGUUGUUAGAGAUUCUAGGAAGUAUAAUAAAUGGCUUUGCUUUGCCCAUGAAAGAGGAGCAUAAGCUGUUCCUUGUGAGAGCACUUAUUCCUCUGCACAAACCCAAGUGCAUAUCCGCGUAUCAUCACCAGUUAGCCUAUUGUAUCAUACAGUUUGUUGACAAGGAUUAUAAGUUGGCCGAAUUGGUGGUCAAGGGGUUGUUGAAGUAUUGGCCGGUCACCAAUUGUCAGAAGGAGGUUCUGUUUCUUGCAGAGUUAGAAGAGGUUUUGGAAGCUACGCAGGCUGCUGAGUUUCACAGAUGUAUGCUUCCGCUUUUUAGACAGAUUGGGCGCUGCCUUAAUAGCCCUCAUUUUCAGGUUGCCGAACGAGCUCUUUACUUGUGGAACAGUGAACACAUUGUAAGUUUAAUUGCUCAGAACCGGAACGUGAUAUUGCCAUUAAUCUUUGAAGCAUUGGAGAAAAACACGCAAGGUCACUGGAACCAGGCUAUCCAUGGGCUGACAGCCAAUGUGCGACGGAUGUUCCAGGAAAUGGACCCAGAAUUGUUUGAAGAGUGUCAGGAACAAUAUUUAGAAAAAGAAACAAGGGCCAGAGAAAUGGAAGAGCAGCGAGAAUUGACUUGGAAGAGAAUAGAAGCAGUGGCGGCAACUGCAGGGGGAGAGGAUAUGGUAUUGGUUAGUUAAUUAAAUAUAGGACACAAACAACUCAAAGUUUUCACUUAAAUGGCUUUUUUUUUUUGUUCCUUUUUUUUUUUUCAAACUUGUUUCAAUGUUGAAGUCCUACCAAGGCUAUGAAAUAACUUGGAAAGGAGUAAAAUAUAAACGUUGUAACAAGGUGUAAUGAAUGUCAUGGAAGAUUGUGAAUGCUUGCGAAGAUUUUGCCA